AGAUUUGGCUGCAGAAAUAGUGCUGCUGUGAAUCUUCUUGCUCCUGUCUUCGGUGAUCUUAGGUACACAUUUCUGUUGGGUGUGUAACCUAGGAGUGGAGUUGUUGAUUUCAGAUAUUGGAGUGUGGAGAGCCCCAAAGGUGAAGGAAACUAGAAGAGACUACCUUGUUGGAAAGAGCAUUUGUUGAAGGAGGUAAAAAGAAUGAAUGCUUGAUUUGUAAAGCUCCUUGUCGUACAGUUUUACUUUCAAAGCAUAACUUAUUCAUUCUGGAGAAUUAGUAGGAACUGGAGAUACAAGUGGCAGAGUCAUAAUCCUUCAACAGGAGCAGAUGAACAAAAUCUCAUCUUAAGCAGAAGAGAAUACCACGUUUACAGGACCUUUCAGAACCAUGAGCCAGAGUUUGACCACUUGAAAAGUUUAGAAAGGGAAGAAAAGUUCAACAAAGCUUGGUGGUUUCCCCGAGAAAAAUUCUGCUCAGUAUUGUCUACCAAUAAUAAAACAAUACAGUUAUGGAAAAUCAGUGAAAGGGACAAAAGACCAGAAGGAUAUAACUUGAAGAGGAAGAUGGGGUGUGUGGAGAUGCCACCACGGCUACUGCACUGUGAGUGCCAGUCGUUAGGCCCGUGGGUCUAUGGGUCGCGGUCACUCCACAAAGAGCAUCUGCCAAUGCUCAUACUGGUCACACCAACUCAAUUCCUGUUAAUAGAGAUUUUGAAACAUAUUUAUCUGCAGGUGAUUUGCAGAUUAAAAUCAAGUCUUUGACAUCUGGAAAUUAUAGACAGGAGUUUUAAUAUUGUGGAUAUCAAGCCUGGCAAUAUGGAAGAGCUAACAGGUGAUUUCAGCCGCAGAAUUCCAUCUGAACAGCUGUAACACAUCUGUAUCUAGCAGCAGUAAAGGAACUAUUUGCUCAUGUGACAUGAGAGCGUCUGCCCUCUGUGAUAGGCAUCUACACUGAAGAACCUGAUGAUUCCAGUAACGGGUCAUUUUUGUCUGAAAUCAUCUAAUUUCUGACGUAAAAUUCAGCCAUAGUGGUCAAAUAUGAAGAUAGAGACCAUUUGUUAGUCAAAAGUUGGAACUUCAAUAUGGAAAGCGUGGCCGGGUGCUGUGGCUCACGCCUGUAAUCCCAGCACUUUGCAAAGCCGAGGCGGGCAGAUCAUCUGAGGUCAGGCGUUUGAGACCAGCCUGGCUAACAAGCAGAAACCCCAUCUCUACUGAAAAUAACAAAAAUUAGCCAGGCUCAGUAGCACACGCCUGUAAUCCCAGCUACUUGGGAGCCUGAGGCUAGAGAAUCAUUUGAACCUGGGGAGUGGAGGUUGCAGUGAGCGGAGAUUGUGCCACUGCAAUCCAGCCUGGGCCACAGGGUGAGACUCCAUCUCAAAAAAAAAAAAAAAAAUUAUGGAAAAUGCCUGUGGAAAUGUAACAGGUGCACCAGUAGCUCGGAAGUAAGCUGUGCACUGUGUGAAAAGGACCAUGUGUCUGACAAAUUCAGUGUUGUUGGAAUGGAUCUGACGGUGUUGUGACUGGGUCUUAACAAUAAUUUCAGAAUGUUUGACAGGAACACAAAACAAGGCCUAACGCUAGAAGUAUCACGGGAAAGCAGUAAGCCUGGUACGAUUCUGAAACCGUGCAAAGUCCAUGCAGGCAGCAAGCAAAAGAAGAUGAAAUCAGUGUUGACAGCCGAGACUCUAGCAAGGAAGUCCUGUGUAAGCCUGGCGCCCCAAGGACAGUAUCGUGCUGUAGCCAGUACAAUCUGUGUGUUUCAAGACAGUAAAUUAGGGCUGGCAUUCCUAGUCAGAGAACCCCCUUCCUGCCUAGUGGCAGUGGCUGAAUCAGCCUUCAUGAUGAUAAGAGCCCUCUUUUGCAGCGCCCCUUUCCUGUGUCUGACAGCGAGUCACCAACAGCACGCCUUUACAGCUGCGUGAGGAGAGCUCCGUGGAUCCCGCACAGUGGUACCCGUGUCCGCUGCGCCGUCGGACCUUGUGGACUCGAUUGCUCUGCACCAGGGUUGAUUUCCUCCAUUCGUUACGCCCUCUGCCAUGAUGACGUCAGACGCAGCAAAGGCCUUCAGUCACGCUACCGAUGCAGAUAUCCAGGCAUUCUUCAUGAGCAUAGACAGUCUGUGUAAGAAGUACUCCAGGGAAACCUCCCAGAUUUUAGAAUUUCAAGAAAAACACAGGAAGAGAUUGUUAGCCUUCUAUAGAGAAAAGAUUUCCAGGUUGGAAGAAUCCCUUAGGAAGUCAGUGCUGCAGAUAGAACAACUACAAAGUAUGAGAUCAUCACAGCAAACAGCUUUCAGCACAAUAAAAAGUUCAGUUUCAACAAAACCACACGGAUGCCUGCUGCCACCUCACUCAUCAACCCCCGAAAGACUGGAGUCGAUGGAAGUUGAUCUCUCUCCUUCUCCGAUUAGAAAAUCCGAGAUAGCAGCCGGCCCUGCGAGAAUCUCCGUGAUUAGUCCACCUCAAGAUGGACGAAUGGGUAGCGUCUCCUCCCGGGGCCCCGAGCAUCCCGGCCUGACGCCGAGUCAGAGGAGCGUGGGAAAGCCUCUCAGGAUUCCACCUCUGCAAAUCCCCUACAAGGGACCACCACUAACGCCAACACCACAGUUACCAGGGAGAGCAGGAAGAGGGGACUCUCCAAGCUUCGGGGGCUCCCAGGCCAGGCUGCCCCCGCGGCCGCCCAUCAGCAUCUCCAGCCUGCUGCAGAGGCAGUGUUUAGUGUGAAGUUUUGAAGUCAUUUCAAAGACAAAGUUGAUGUGUUUUUACCACGACUUCCAUGCCUCCUGCGGGACCUGCUCACCUUGGGGCAGUGACACCUGAAAGAUGAGCACCCAGCCACCCGCUCUGCCCCCUUCCAGUCCUCCAGCCUUCGUGCCCACCAGCAUGUGUACGUUAGACAGCCAGUGCGACUGUACUUUCCCUCUUGUUGAAAUAAGUCAUGUAGUGGAAUAAAGUACUUUUCUGAGUA